AUGGCAACAGAACCAAAGUCAUCAUUAAAAAGUGUUUCUCCGUCGCAUUCCCAUAGUGACGCACAUUCAACCACUUCGAUUAUUCCACUGAACAUUACGAAGUUGUCUAAAAGUGUCUUUUCAAACACAACAUUCACUGCAUUAGAAGUCCCUAGUCAGAUCGUUUCAAUUGAAGACUCGACUUUUUCGUGGUGUGCCACUUUGGAGAGGAUAGUCUUACCACAAAGCCUUACUACUUUAGGACGAAAAGUGUUUGAACAUUGUAUAAAUUUGACUUCUGUUCUCCUCCCCUCAAAUUUAACUGUUUUGCCAUCUGGGUUGUUCAUUUCCUGUGCCUUAACCACUUUUGUGUUUCCUCCAAAAUUGAUGAAAAUUGGCGAUUCGUGUUUUUCGAAUGGGAAAUUUCAAUCGCUCGACAUUCCAAACACCGUGGAAUAUAUCGGUGAGCGCGCGUUCGCUUCAAAUUACAACCUUUCGAGUAUUUCAAUUCCCGACUCGGUGACUUUCGUUGGUAUUGGCGUGUUCGAGGCGUGCACAAAACUGACUCAAUUGACUCUUCCAAACACCUUAAAAGCACUUCCGUCUUGUUUCUUGAAAGAGUGUGCGUUCACUUCCUUUUCGAUGCAUUCAACUAUAACAAAGAUCGGAGACAUGGCGUUCGCAAGUAAUUUUUCUCUCAAAGAAAUGACUCUUCCAGACUCCGUUGAGCAAAUUGGAAAUUAUGUUUACUCUUUAAACGAGAAAUUGAGCGCGAUAACUCUCUCUGAAACGAUGAAAGAAAUUCGCAAUGCCGCAUUUUCAGGGUGUUCGUCCCUCAAAGAAAUCAAACUCCCAAACCAUCUCGUCCGACUUGGCAAUUGUUGCUUUAAAAAUUGUGGAUUGACUCAAGUCGAGAUCCCCACGAGUGUCGAGAAAAUCGGCGAGAAGUGCUUCUACGAAAAUUCAAAUUUGAAAAUCGUCGCGAUUUUGUCGCAUGCGAAAAAGCUGCGAAAUUCGACUUUUGAGAAGUGCAGAAAUUUAGUGAAAAUUGCGUUCCAUGGAAACGUCGAGAAAUUUGGGGACUCCUGUUUCUCUGAAUGUGCGUCCCUCUGCACAAUUCCACUUGUCAAAAGUCUUAAGUCGUUUGGGAAACGGUGUUUCUAUGGAAUGAAAAAUGCGAUCGACGUUGAUAUCCCGACGACGAUAUCUGAAAUAUCGAAAUCUGCGUUUGUUGAAUGUGAGAAACUUGAGAGUGUCUUAAUCCCAUUUUCUGUCACAAAGAUCGAAGAAUUUGCGUUCAAAAACUGCUCCAAUUUGAGGAAGGCGAUUAUCGAAACUCACGACGACGUCGCGGAAACAGUGUUUGUUGAAAUUGAAAAGUACUCCUUUGCGAAUUGUAGUAAACUUGAGAUCAUUGGACUCCCGCAGAAUUUAAUGAAAAUUGGAGAAAACUGUUUUGCGAAUUGCAUUUCUCUUGAGAACAUCGACAUCCCCAACAGCGUGAUUUGUGUGAAAGACUACGCGUUUUCUAAUUGCAAAAAACUGAAAGUAUUCAACUGCGGGAAGUCGACUCUUUUCGAAAAAGGCGCCUUUGACUUCUGUAACACCCUCACACCACCGCAAAACCCUAAAUUUUGUCUUUGCCCACAAAACGUCGGCGAGAAGAAGUCAAGCACUUUUAAUGUGCCAGAAAAGUAUCGCGCGAUUGUCAACGGGACGUUUGAUGUGAAUGAAAAGCUUGAGAAAGUGACAAUACCCGAUAGUGUCACUUACAUUGGAAAUUUGAUUUUUGUGAACAACGAGAAACUGAGAAGUGUGAAGUUUUCGAACGCGUUGAAAAAAAUUCCUGACGAGAUUUUUAAAAGUCUUGAAUUUCUCGAGGAAGUGAUUCUCCCCGAGCAUUUAAUAGUCAUCGGCUACCAAAGUUUUGCGGGGUGCAAACGCAUUGAAAGAAUUGCUCUUCCAAAAAGCAUCACAAAAAUUGGUGCGAAAUGCUUUGAUGGAUGUAAGAAAUUGUCUGAAAUUGUCAUCGAAGGAAACAUUCGAGUGAUUAAAGACAAAACAUUUUUUGAGUGUAAAGAACUUCAAAGAUGUGUGUUGCCGUCGUCUCUUGAAAAAAUAGGAAUUUCCGCAUUCGAACAGUGUGACAAACUGAAAGUGUUAAACAUCCCCGAAAACGUUGUGGAAAUUGGGGAGUGCGCCUUCGCUGAGUGUCGCAACUUGCGACUUUUUGAAAUUCCCAAAAAUGUUACAGUCAUGAAGAAUGAAAUUCUGAAAUGUUGUGAAAAGCUUGAAAGGGUUAAAAUUGGUGAGAGUGUUGAAGUGAUAGGAAGUCGUUGUUUUAGUGACUGCAAAGAAUUGUCUCAAAUUGAAGUUGGAAAAAGUGUUCGUAAAGUCGAAGAGUUGACAUUUGAAAAGUGCAAAAAACUGAAAGAAAUCAGUUUCCCUCUGACUCUUCAAAAAAUCAGUCGCAAUUGUUUUAAUGGGUGUAAUAGUUUAAGUGUUAUAAAUGUACCAAAAGGUGUCGAUUGGCAGUGA